UACUAGUACAAGGAAUAUGGGUUGCUGCAUUUUUAAUGCUCUGCUCAUAGAACAUGAUUCAGUAUUGUUUAUGACUUUAUAGUUUUCAGGAGCAAAAUGAUGCAGCACAGAAAAUGUACAGCCACUAGGAGUGUACUGAAGAAGAAUAAGCUGGUUGUAAAGAAGGAGAAUGCACUUCAUGUGGUUAUAGCAUUACGUUUCAAUACAACAGGUGAGGCUAAAACCGAGAGAAAGGCGGGCAUAUACAAACAAUACUGAACUUCCGGUACAACCUGUUGGCCAAGUGAAAUGGAAACCAAUUAAACCUGUUGACUGUUGGGCUGGUCGCACCGGAGACAGAAAGCAGAAAAUUAUUAGUUUAGGAAACCAAAGAAGGAACAUGAACUUGGACUACAAUAUGUUGGUAGCUGCGCAGCGUGCGCUUCUCCUACUUAUUUUGGGAUUUUCCUGUGUCAUGGCAGUUGAGAUGUUCACUGACCGAGAGGUACAUGGCUUUGUGGGAGAAGAGAUGACCUUGAGGUGUACUUUCAAAUCAUCUGUGCCUAUCUCUCCUGGCCUUUCUGUGAAAUGGUUGUAUGAGCUUCCAGAUGGAGGACCCAAAGAGUCAAUCUUUUAUUACAGCUCCAAAGAAUACCCAGUUGAAAAUGGACAUUUUAAAAAUCGUAUUUUUUGGGCUGGUGAUGUUGCUAAAGGAGAUGCUUCCAUUUCCAUCAAAAACUUGACACUGAAGGACAACGGAACAUUCAGCUGCCAUGUGAUAAACCCACCAGACUGGCAUGGUAGCCCUGGCCUUUUGGUGCUCACUGUUACUGAAAGAGCACCAUCCUUCCAGCUUUCUGUUGUUGCAUUUCUUGCCAUACUGGUUUUCAUUCCUUCAGCAAUUGUGGUUACUUUGCUGCUUGUGAGAAUGGGAAGAAAAUUCCGGAUUAUAGGUGGAAGCUCCAAACCACACUACAAAAAGUCUGCAGUUGAAGACUCCGAAAGUUCCAAUGCAAUGUCUAAUCAGAAAUCUGGGCUUUCUGAGAAGAUGUAUCACUGUUGUGCCUCUUGCUUACAGGAUUCUGAUGAUGAACAAGAGACUGAAGCGGAGGAUUAUGAGAGGGCAAGGCUUGCUUCGGACUCUCAUGUAAAAUAACAGCAGAUUUGCCCAGAGAUGCCUAGCACUAGCUCAAGUGGGUGGGUCUUUGGGAAAGGGCUGUUGAUGGCAUGUCUGUAUUACAGUAAGACUCUGCAGUACUGUGUAGAACUGAACCGUGGAUUAGCAGUAUGCAUAAGCUCCAGGUACAGGAAAUUGAUGACUGUUGCCGUGGGUUAAUGGGGUAUGCCAUAGCAUUCACAAACUGCCAGAAUGGCUCCUGACUUGAAAUCUUGCUAUCCUGAAUCCUAAAUUGACUGUGAUUUAAUUAUAUGCUGCUUGAAGGUGGUGAAUUUAUUCAAUAUUUCUAGAAAAAAAGGAAUUGUUAUGUAUUUUAUUAGUUUUUGCCUUUUUUUUUUUUUUACAUUCAAAUAUUUUGGAUACUUUUGUGGAUCAGUGAACUCUACUUUUCAUUAGCUUUGUCAUCUUUCCAUGUUUUUUUCUGAACUAUCUGGAAACUGGAACAAUUGUCCCAUAGUCUGGAAAACACUUCAAACUCUGAUAUUCUAUUUAACAAAUCAAACAGAAUACUGGUGUUUGUUUAAAUUAAGUUGCUGAACUGAAAUUUUUAAACGAAAAGCAUAGCUGAUGCGAUGGAGUCAGGUGAAAAAUAAGCCAUACUGCCUCCUGUGAUGUGACAAAUUAUGUCAUAAAAUGGGCGAUGGAGGAGAGGGAAGGGAAAAGGGAGGGGGAUUGCUGGAGUUCAACCACACCCCUGGCGUCACAUCUAUGUCUGGGUUCAACCACAGCAAAAGGUGGCAAGUCUACUUUUCAUCUAUAAAUGAAAUAUGUUAACACACUGUAAUUUAAUGGAACUUUUGUUUUUAAAAUGUUUAUCAAAAGUGAACAAGACUGAUAAGUGUAUAACUGGAAGUAGCUGCUUUUGUGCAUUGUCAUCUGUGCAGUAAUUGUACAUUUUGCCCAAGCUCCAAAUGAUCAAAUGAGAUUGCUCAAAGGGGUGAAAUCCUCAUUGUUUUCAGGUGAAGUCAUGUUGGAGUUUUUAUAUAAAGUAGGGUGUGUGCGUGUGGCACUUCUCCUUGAAAGUUAGUUAAUCUGCAGGGUGAUAAUCCCUGCAUGUGUACAUAGUACAUCUGUUAGAGAUAUUUCUGAGUAAAUCUUGUUGCUGUUGAUGUGAAUACUGACCUUUGAACUGAUGAUGAUGAUGAUUUAGAGCAGAUUUGUUAAGAGGGCAUCACAAAUUAAACAUCUUUCACAGCUCCAGGUAGGAGACGGGGCCAAAUUUGUGUAUUUAUUGAAUAAAUGUACCUGUUUUUUUGCCUGUAACUUUAUGGCUAAUACAUGUGUUUUUAUAAAAUCAUACAUUGUAAACAUAUUUGUUAAUAAUGUUUUCAGUUUUUUUUUAAAUUAAAAAUAUUUAACUCUUAA